AUGUCUCUGCAAACCAAAAAUAAUUAAGUAAUUUUUAUAUAAUAAUUUAGAAAACAUUAAGUUUAAGUAACAUUUGCGCAAAACAUAAAAAAGAAAUAAUUAUGAUUGAUAUAGAUUCAGAGAAUAAAAAAGUAGAAUAAAGAUUUGCUUGUGUCUAAUGCAUUAGUGAUAAUCCUUAGUGCUAAUAUAAAACAAUAGAAGAUAUAAAUUAGAAGUGGAAUGAAAAAUUGAAAAAAGAAGAUCAUAUUUUUAAUGAUUUAAAGUCAAAUAGGUUAAAAAAGAAAGAAAAAUUGAAUUAAAAAAUAGCUGAAAUGAGAAAAAAUUAUAUUUUAUAAUUAGAUGAUAUUAAUGAAACUUUAAGAACAGGAUUUUCAUUUACAACAACUUAAGCAAGAGAGAUUAAGAAAUUUAACUAAGAUUCUAUACAAUAAUUAAGUAAAGAAGAAUUAAAUUAACAGAUUUAAAGUUUGAUUCAAAAUAAUUAAGAAAAAUUAAUUUAGGAUUCGAAAAUUGAGUUAAUAAUAAAAAGAGACUCUCGAAUUUCUAAAGAAAUUGAAAACAAAUUAGAACAAUUAAAAUAACAUGAUUAAUUAGACAUUUAGGAAUCAAUAAAUAUUUUAUAUGAUAAAACAAGUAAUAAGAAUUUUUUAAUAUUAGAUGAUAACCAAAUCCAAGGAAUUUUCUAACAUAUAUAACAAAUUUAAGAGAGUACAAUGGUAAAUUAAGAAUAAUUGAUUAGAAAACAAGAGUUAGAUGAAUUUAUUAGUUCUUCAACAUAAAUUUACUGUUAGAUAGAUCUAUUUAAUCAAACAAUUAAAAAAUUUUAAGAUCACUAAAUAAAAAUUAACUCAAUUAAUGAUAAAAUUAAAUUAUUCCAAGAUAAUUAAUAUUUUAAAAACUUAUUAAUAUAACUUCAUGAUUAUAAGGAUAAGUUUGAAAAAGAUUUUAAGAAUUUCAAAAAAUUUUGUGAAAUAGACAAAUUGGAGAAAAAUAUUGAGACUUUGAAAAAAGAUUAUAAGAAAUUGGAAUCUGAAAGUAAGAAUAUUUUUAUAAAUUAGAAAACAAUAUAGAGAAUGAGUACAAAGUUGAGCGUCAGACUUAAGAUAAUUUAAUUAAGGAGUUAACAGAUUUAAAAUUAGAAUCAUAACACUUAAAAGAAGAAUAGAGAUUAUUAAAUGAAAGAUUAAAGAAAGAACAAAAUAAUAAUGACUAACUUUUAUAAUAAUUAAGAGAAUAAUAAAUAAACUAUUAAAAUUAAAUUGUAUUACUAAAUUAAUAGAUCCAAGAUAAGGAUAAUUUAAUAACAGAAAUAUAAUCAAGGUUAGAUAAAUUAGGCUUAAAUAUAAAACCAGAUUUACUUAAAGAUUAGUACUGGAUCACACUAAUUAAAAUUCUCUAAUAAAAGGUUAAUAAAUAAAUCAAAAAUUCAAUUUUGAUCUACACAGGCACAAAAGAUGGAUUAAAUAAUUAAUAAUAUUGGAGCAAGGUGAAUGGCAAAGGUAAUUUACUUAUGGUCUUCAAAUCAAAAAGUGAUCAUAUUUUAGGAGCAUAUUCACCUUGUAUAUGGGAAUCAUGUUGUGGGAAAUAUGUAGCAGAUAAUACUUUAUCUUCUUUCAUAUUUUCAUAAACUAAUGAUUAAGUUUUUCCUUUGAUGAAAGAUACUAAAAAAUAUGCUAUCUUUUGUCAUUCAAAUUAUGGACCAAUAUUCGGUAAUGGAUAUGAUAUGAAAAUAGGAGGUGAUUUUAAGGAUGGUUAUUCUAAAUUAGGUAAUUCAUAUUAAUAUUCUUGUUAAAACUAUGGCGAAUUUGAGCCAAAUUUAUUUGGAUAAAAAAAACCAGAAAUAAAAGAAUGUCAAAUCUAUGAAUUAUAAUUUUUUUGA